AUGUCGGGCCCCGGGCCGCGGGAGCCGCCGCAGGCGGGCGGGCCGGCGGGCCCCGAGGGCGCGGACGCGGCGCUGGGCGAGGCGGGGCUGAGCUUCACGACCACCGACCUGAGCCUGGUGGAGAUGACGGAGAUCGAGUACACGCAGCUGCAGCACAUCCUCUACUCGCACAUGGAGGCGGCGGCGGCCGACGGCGAGCUCGAGACGCGCCUCAACUCGGCCUUCCUGGCGGCGGCGGCGCCGGGGGGCGCGGCGGCGGGGGGCGCGGCGGCGGCGGGGGCGCGGCGGCGGCGGCGGGGGGGGGGCGCGCCGCCCGUGUACCCGGUGCUGUGCCCGCCCGCGCUGGCCGACGGCGGCUUCGCGGGCGCCAACCCGUGCCUGGGCCACAUCGACUUCCAGGAGCUGCGCAUGAUGCUGCUGAGCGAGGCGGGCGCGCCCCCCGCCGCCGCCGCCGAGAAGACGCCGGGCGCCGACGGCCCCCCGGGCGCCCCCCGGCCCAAGGCGUCCGACGGCGCGGCCAAGGAGAAGGCGGCGGCCGGGGAGGGCGCGCCCGAGGCGCGGGCCAAGUCGGCCGUGCGCGUCCGCCUGGAGGACCGCUUCAACAGCAUCUCCGCCGAGCCCCCGCCCGCCCCGCGCGGCGCCGAGUCCCCGGAGCCGGGCGUGGCGCUCAACAAUUUGGUAACUCUUAUUCGACAUCCAUCCGAAUUAAUGAAUGUUCCUCUUCAUCAGCAACAGAACAAAUGUACAACGUUAGUGAAAAAUAAAACUGCUGCUGCGACCGCCGCUUUGCAGUUCACUUACCCACUGUUUCCCACAAACUCCUGCUCCUCGGGCGGGAGCGCCAGCCUCUCGCAAGCACAGAGUUCUAGUAACUCCUGUUCUAUACUUGAAGCUGCCAAGCAUCAGGAUAUUGGAUUGCCUAGAGCAUUUUCUUUCUGUUAUCAGCAAGAAAUUGAAUCCACUAAACAGACUUUAGGUAGUAGAAACAAAGCUUUGCCUGAGCAGGUUUGGAUUAAAGUGGGAGAAGAAGCGCUGUGUAAACAAGCCCUAAAUAAGAGGAGUCGGAGUAGAAUCCGUCCGCUGGACACACACUUAGAACGAAGAGCGCUGGGAGAGAUUCAGAACGUGGGCGAAGGCUCCAUGGCCGCACAGGGUGCCUGGCAGUCCGCGGAGUCCGCGCAGUCCAACCUCGGGGAGCAGACCCAGAGCGGGCCCCAGGGAGGAAGGUCCCAGCGUAGGGAGAGGCACAACCGCAUGGAGAGAGAUAGAAGGCGCAGAAUCCGCAUUUGUUGCGAUGAGUUGAAUCUUUUAGUCCCGUUCUGCAACGCCGAGACCGAUAAGGCAACAACUCUUCAGUGGACCACAGCGUUCCUGAAAUAUAUUCAGGAAAGACAUGGAGAUUCUCUUAAAAAGGAAUUUGAGAGUGUAUUUUGCGGCAAAACUGGCAGAAGGCUCAAGUUGACCAGGCCAGACUCCUUGGUGACGUGUCCCGCACAGGAGAGCCUACAGAGUAGCCCGGCCAUGGAGAUCAAGUGACUGGGACUGGACACUCAUCCUGGGACGGGCUCGGUCGUUCCCUCGUGGCCCAUAAACGUUCUCUACAGUCCUGGAACUCGGCUCUGACAGUUUCACUCUAAAGGGACAUGACUCAAGUUGAUGGGACUCCAGGGGGGACUUUGUAAGCACAUUUUGUAAAAAUAUUUAUCUAGAACAAAAUACUUGUCCACUCAUGUCCUCUUAGACCAUUUGGGGAUGAAGACAUCUUGAUAAUUAGUAAGUAAUUUUCAAUUAUCUGUCUGAUUCCAUCAUGUUUUCUUAACAUGAUAUCUUAAAAAAUUAACAUCUUUUGUAAUUUCUUUAGUCCUAAAAGGUACAUUGCUUUUUAUUUAUUUUAUUUACAUUUUAAAAUAUGCCCCCUUAGCAACUGGAACAAGUUAAAUUGUUCUUAACUAGAAGCAGUUUGGAAUUUUAUUUCACUUGUUUAUCACUUCCCCUUGUAAGGACUUCGUCUCAGGGUACUGUAUUGCAAAAUGCAGUUCUAUUUUAAACCUUUUGCUAGAAAUUUUCCAGAGACUUCCUUUAAAGCUACUUUUGUCCAUAAAUGAGACACUGUCACGGUAGAUUGCUCCAGUGCCCUCAUUCUCAUACUGAGAGUCUGACUUUCUGUGUAAUAAACUGUAGUGUUCGGAA